GCUAUACAAAAUAUAAUUUUAAUUAAUAAGGAUUUUAAAAUUUAUAAUUUAUCAAAUAAUGAAUGGGAUUAUCUUAAAAAAAUUUAUAAAAUAUUACAGUAUUUUAAAGAGGCAACUGAUUAUGCUAAAGGUCAAUUAUAUCCUACAAUACCAUUAA